AUGGCCAGCCCCGCUCCCUUAGUGGCCUCCAUUAGCCACCAAAUGGUGGCUUUGCAGACCCUGCAGCUCCUGCAGCAGGAAUGGGGCUGGGGGGAUGGUCCGGGCGCCCCUGGGAGUUCGCCCCACCCGGACCACGUGUCCUCCGCCCUAGCGCGUCGCUCAAGCCCGCUGCAGGCUCGGGAGGGGCUAGGACAGGGGAUGGGUUGGGAGGAGGGCAGCGGGGCCAGGGGGAUCCGGAAUGGGGGCUCCGGGGGUCCGGCGAGUCCCCCAGAGGUGGAGGUGGUGCGGGGCGCCGAAGGGGGUGCGGAGCUGCUUCCCUUCCCCCAGGGCCGCGGGCCCUGCACCCUGGCCCGGAUGGCUAUGCGCAGCGCACUGGCCCGCGUGGUGGACUCGACCUCAGAGCUGGUCAGCGUGGAACAGACGCUGCUGGGUCCCCUGCAGCAGGAGCGGUCCUUCCCCAUUCACCUGAAGGACAGUGUUGAGUUUAGAAAUAUCUGCAGUCAUCUGGCUUUACAGAUCGAAGGACAGCAGUUUGACAGGGACUUGAAUGCUGCCCACCAGUGUCUGAAGACGAUAGUGAAGAAGUUGAUUCAGUCACUUGCUAACCUUCCUUCUGAUGCUCAUGUGGUAGCCUGUGCUUCCUUGAGACAGAUCUUACAGAAUCUCCCAGACAUUUGA